UUUCCCUGCUCCUAUGAUGGCUGUGGUAAAAUCUUUAAACGCUCUGAACAUUUAAAGCGACACAUUAAAUCAAUUCAUACCAAAGAGAAGCCUUAUACUUGUCCUUAUGAUAAUUGCGAUAAACGUUUUUCAAGAACAGACAAUCUCUCUCAACAUAUCCGUAUUCAU